UCUCCUCUCGUCUCCUUCUAUCUCUCCUCUCAUUUUCUUCUUUUCACACAAUGGCUCAGUCUCCGCAAGAUCUGAAGGUCGCCAUUCUGGGCGCAGGUAUGGGUGGUUUGACCUGCGCUCUGGCCUUGGCCCGCGAGGGUUUCAAGAACAUUGAUGUCUACGAGACAGCCUCUGACUUGGGCUUCGUUGGAGCUGGUAUUCAACUGGCCCCCAACAUGGCUCGUGUCCUCAACCGUUUAGGCGUCUGGAAACAGAUUGAGGCUGAGGCUGUCAACGUUGUCGAGACUAGUGUUCGAGUUGGAGCCACGGAUGCGGAACUGGCUCACGUACCACUGGAAUACAUCGCAGAGACCUACGGUUACCCGCACAUGGUCGGCCACCGUUCAUCUCUCGCCAACGGCCUUUACCAAGGCUGCCUUAGUUACCCUGACGCGAUUCGCUUCCACUUUGCUACCACCGCCCAGGACGUCUCCUUUGGUCCCAAGCCCUCGUUCAAGGCUGUUCCUCGUGACACCACCCAGCAACCCUACCGCGUGGAGGCCGACGUUCUCCUUGGUGCCGAUGGCAUCAAAUCCAACACGCGUGUUGCCAUGCUCGACUUGCUUGGCAUCCAGGCCGGUGUCAAGGAUACCAACCAGGCCGCUUACCGUAUCAUGAUCCACAAAGAUCAGGUCAAGGAUGACCCCGAGCUUCUGGCCCUGAUAAGCGGCAACAGGGUUACCCGCUGGAUUGGCGAGAAACGUCACAUCAUUGCCUAUCCGGUCUCCAACAACACCAUUUAUAACCUCUCCACCACUCAGCCUGACACCAACUUCGCCGCUGCCACCAACGCCACCUACACCACUCGCGGUGACAAGUCCGUCAUGUUGAAGGUGUUCGGGGAUUUCUGCCCCAUGGUUCAGCGUAUGCUCAGCUACGUCCCGGAGGGUGAGGUGUGCGAGUGGAAGCUCCGCGUUCACGAGCCCCUGCCCACCUGGGUGCACGAGUCCGUCGCCCUCGUCGGUGACUCCUGCCACCCGACCCUCCCUCAUUUGGCGCAGGGUGCCGCGCAGGCGAUUGAGGACGGUGCCGUCAUUGGCGUCGUGCUCUCCAAGCUGCCCGAUACGACCCCCGCCUCAAUCAACAAGGCCUUGAAGGUGUACGAGAAGAUCCGCAAAAACCGUGCGUACGCUCUCGUCGAGAUGGCUGCUGCCUCUGGUCGGGCGCUGCACCUGGGAGAAGGUGCCGCCAAGGAGGAGCGCGAUAAGCAAUUCGCCGCCCUUCGUGAGGGUAAGGGCCCGGUGCCCGACAAGUGGGCCGAUGCGGACGUGCAGCGCGAGAUCUACGGUGUGGAUGUCACCAAGGAAGCCGAUGAGAGAUUUGAUGAGCUGUUCUCGGCGUAA